AUGGGGUAUCUAUACUACUUAGGAGGCAGCCCUUGUGGGGAGAUCAGUUUGUAUGCAAUUUAUCCAGGAAUAGCAAAUCCAUUCGGCAAAGGCCUCAAUGAUCCAACGGGGCAAUCUUACCUAUUUUAUGACUAUGUCCGUGUUCGAAACCAGCUGAUGGCAGCUGCAGAUGCAAAAGGACACAAGUUCUUUUGGUUAUUUGAGAACACAUCCCAUUUAAAAAAGGAUGUUCAGUCAACCAUGUCAAACUUGGAGCCCCAGGGAAGGAAAAAAUUACUCCAAGAAUAUUUAGGUCUUGUUCGCAUAGCUCAGGUACCUAUUGCCAAAACCAUCACCACAAAUAGGGCUGGACAGAAAAGUUCAUCAGGGAAGUUGCCAGUUACGUACGAGGGGAAAGAAGAAUAUCUAUUUUCUAGAGACAUUGAACUUCUACUUGGAUUCCCUGCCGGAUACACAGAUUACGGCGGGAUGUCUAAUUCUACUCGCACUGCAUUACUUGUCAGGAGCUUGUCAGUUGAUGUUGUCAUGGAAAUUCUUUCGCCACUGAAGGACUUUUUCAGGAGAGACAAUUAA